AUGCAAAUGUAUGUAGGAAGGUCCUGUGUACACGCACUUACGCAUACGGGGAGGUGGGUGCCAUCUCCACAUAAUCCGCUUUCCCCGUCAGCCUCGCGCCAGCUUCGCCAAAGAUGGUUCUACGCAUGUGAGUGUACACACGCGGCACUUUCUCUUGAAGCUCGCCACUGGCUUUUAAAGGGGGUGGAGGGUGUUCAAGGGGGCCAGAGGGCGAAUCGUUCCGAACGGGUAAGCACGGGGGCAGCGGACAGCGUGGCCUUACGUGCGCCACAUAGAAACGGUCAUCGAUGCCUUCCUUUGAAAAGUACUUGA